CAGAGUACAGAACGGUACAAGCGGUGUUAGUUUCGAUCGGAGAGAGCCGACUCUGCUUCUGCACAGGGAAACGAUACACCCAAGCAACCAAAGCAUCGAACACAAGGGCAAGCUUGCAUUGCACCACGAAAAUCCACCAAGAUGUUGGGACGAACCGCCGCCGCUCGUCUCGCGCAGCGAGGUGCCCGUUGUUCUCCCGCUGCCCACCGCCGGGCCUUCGGGUCGACCACCAGCCUCGGCGCCACGCCGCCCGGGGACGACAAGCCGGAUCUCUUCCUGCCCAAAAUCACCGACCGGAGACUGAACGAGGGCGGACCGGGUGGUCGCCAGUCCAACGCCGAUCUGAGGGUCGCCAUUUUUGGUGCCACGGGAUUCAUCGGCAAGCACCUUUGCCACCAGCUCGGUACGUAUCGUCUCUCUCGUCCCGCACGGUUGCGUCACACGCACCACUCGUGGAAUCCAAUCAAUAGACAGACAGACAGAUAGACAGAUUGAUUGAUUGAUUGACAAACAGCACGCUGGCGAAUUUUCGUUUCGGAUCCCUCUCGAUUUCGAGAGAUUUAUACUCUCUAAUGGAUCGGGGGAUAUCAACUGUCGGCGUACGAUAGGAAGUUUUCGCACGGUACUUUUUGAUGCCAACUGUCCCUAACUUGAAAUGGUGUCAUGCCAAUUUUGUUUGUUUUGGUUCUGCGAUUCUACUAAAAUUCGAAACUUCGUCGCGUGUUGUCUUCCAUCUUGGGCCUCUGCUGUUGACCUUUCAUGCGUUCCAGGGCACAAUGGUGCCUACGCAUACAUCGGAAACCGAGGUGACGAGGCCGAACACCGAGAACUGAAACCGAUGUUCGAUUUGGGACACACCCGGUUCGUAUUUUACAGCCCAAACGACGUCGACUCCAUGAGGGAAGUCAUUGGGGAUGCAGACAUUGUCAUCAACCUGAUCUCAAAAACCUAUGCGUCGGGACAACCGGUCCAAACCGACAAAUUCCCUUUUAUCGGUUGGCAAACCAACCAUUCCCUCGAGGAUGUCAACGUCAGAAUCGCGAAACAAAUCGCGGAACUCUGCGUAGAGAUGCAGGUCGAUAACCUCAUCCACGUAUCCGCCCUGGGCAUUUCCGAGGACCACCCCUCGGAGUGGGCCCGCACCAAGUGGGCCGGGGAACAAGCCGUACGCGAAACCUACCCGUGGGCCACGAUCGUCCGCCCGACCCAGUUGUUCGGAAGCGAGGACAAAUUUCUCCACUAUUUUGCAAACAUGUCGAAGAUGUACGGCUUCAUUCCGGUCUGCGGGGAUGGUUCGGUACUGACGCAACCCGUCUGGGCCCCCGAUGUUGCAAAGACGAUUUCUCGCAUCACCGACGCUCCCGAGAAAUUCCAGGGCCGCACCGUCGAUUGCUUCGGUCCCUCCGAUUAUACCUACGAGGAACUCGGAAAGUUUGUUUUGGACCUCACGGAACAAGACAAGAAGAUCAUGCACAUUCCGGAGAAGCAGUAUAUCAUGAUGGCGAAGGCGUUGGGCUACCAAUCCUUUGUGUCGUUCAACGAAGACAUGGCAAAGUUAUGGAGCAGAGAUAUCGUCCCACCCAUGACACAAGAAGAAUACAGGAACCAGCCAGAGGAAGGAAAAAUUCUUACCAUGGAAGAUAUUGGAAUUACCGCAACUCCAAUCGAGAAAGAGGCAUUCAGUUACCUUCAUCGAUUCCGAACUGCUGGUCAUUUCGGACGCGUCGACGGAUACCAUUGAGUCUAAGGUACUAGUUGUGUUCAUUGACCCUCGUAAAUCAAAACGCAAACUCUACACGUUAGUUAAGGAGUACCGUAAAAUAAAAAUCUACCAAAAUU